GACAAUCAACAUAAUAAAAACAAGUGAUAAACAAUAAGUUAAACAAAGAUGGAGUGAAACAGUUGAACAUCUGAUAUAUAAAACGAUAUUUCAUAUCUCAAAUGAACACAGUUUAUUGUCAAAACUUGUUGAAAGAUCUGAUUAGACCUUAAGAUUCCAUCACAUUAAAAUCAGUUGUCAAUGAUAUUAAAAUGUAAUUUAUGUGAGUGAUUUAGUGCGAAAAAAAUUGAUUCCAAAAUGAAUACACAGAUUUUGUCACGAGAACGUUUAGGAUUUUUACGGCCACAAUCUUCACAAAAUUUGCAAUCUUCAUCGUCAACUUCAUCUGUCACACCGCCACCGAACAACACACAAACAAAUGCAGUUGCAGUUGAUGUGGAUGAAAGCAGUUAUGCUGAAGUUGAAGGAAAAGUGAAAACUCGUUUACUAUCCAUGUGGAAUAACAUGAAAUAUGGAUGGGCCGUAAAAAUCAAAACAAAUUUUUCCAAAGAAUCUCCAGUAAUUCUAUUAGGUCGAUGUUAUCGUAGAAAAGCUGAUAGUCAACCUGACAUAGCGAUUUCAGCUGGAUCUGCAGGUAAUAUCUCGCAAUUUGAUGAUUGUGAAUCAGACGGUAUCGAUGGAUUUCGACAAGAUUUUAUUAGUCGAGUAUGGCUGACGUAUCGUCGUGAAUUUCCAAUAUUAAAUGGAUCAACAUUUACAUCAGAUUGUGGAUGGGGUUGCAUGUUACGAUCUGGACAAAUGAUGCUCGCACAAGCGUUAGUGUGUCAUUUUUUAGGCAGAAGUUGGCGAUGGAAUCCCGAUGAACAGAUUACAUCCGGACGUGGCUUCACCGAUGACGCAACACAUCGUAUGAUUAUCAAAUGGUUUGGUGAUAAACCCUCACCAAAUAGUCCAUUAUCAAUACAUACGUUGGUUACGCUUGGCGAAACGGCUGGUAAACGACCUGGUGAUUGGUAUGGACCAGCAUCCGUUGCCCACAUACUCAAACAAGCUGUGAAAUUAGCAUCAAAAGAGAACUACGAAUUCGAUGAUAUUGCUGUUUAUGUUUCACAAGAUUGUGCUGUAUAUAUUCAAGAUGUUUUGGAUGAAUGUUUAGUAUCAUCACGGAAUCCAACAUCACCAAAAAAAUGGAAAUCCUUAGUAUUAUUAGUACCAGUUCGAUUAGGAACGGAAAAAUUGAAUCCUAUUUACGCUCCCUGUUUAACCACGCUAUUAAGUUUUGAAAAUUGUAUUGGAAUCAUUGGUGGACGACCAAGACAUUCGCUUUAUUUUAUUGGUUACCAAGAUGAUAAAUUAAUACAUUUGGAUCCUCACUACUGUCAAGAGAUGGUUGAUGUUUGGGCACCUGGAUUCCCCUUAACAUCGUUUCAUUGUCGAUCACCACGUAAAAUGCACCUUAGCAAAAUGGAUCCAUCGUGUUGUAUAGGAUUUUAUUGUCAUACAGAACAAGAUUUUUAUAAUUUUAUACGCAAUAUUAAACCGUUCCUGAUUCCACCAUCAGUUCAUAUAAAUUCCACAUCAGAAUCAAAAAGUGGAUCUGAUUAUCCAUUAUUUGUAUUUUGUAAUGGUAAAAGCAGUGACGCAAACACAGCACCACCAAUACGAUCUUUAUAUCCAUUAUUAGACUCAGAAUACGCUAAUUUUUCAGUACAAGAUUCUGAUAAUGAUCUAGAAAGUGAAGAGUUCGAAGUUCUCUAAAUUCGAAAAUUGUGUGUAAAUUUUUUUAAUUGUGUUUUUUUAAUUUUUCUUUUUCAUGUAAAUUAUUCACCCAUUAAUAUUGAACCCCACACAAAUUAAGAGAAAAAAACCAUUCGGGGUCAAAUUGUCUGAAAAUAAAGGUAAAAGGCCAUUCUUAAGGGAGUAUUCUGGUUUAGAAGCCUAAAUUGUAGGCAUUUUUCAAACUAAGAUUAUAAGAAAAUUUUUAAAAAUUAAAAAUUCUUCGAAUGUGAAGUGGGGGCUACAAAAUACACAGCAAUAAAAUACUUACUGAGGAUUACGACUUACCGAGCCUCGAGUUAUCGAGAUUUCACUGUAGUAAAAGGGAGGCUGAACUGCAGAAGUCUGUCAAGGCCUUUUUAUCAACAUUUAAUGAAUCUUUACCAGAAAAUUCGCUGCAUCCCCGAAAAUAAUUCGAAUUUUGAACAAUCCACCAAAAAAAUUGAUUUUUUCAAAUUUCUAGACCAGAAAACCGCGUUAACACGCUGACCAAAAGUAUCUUUUAUCUCUAAAAUGGUUCAAAUCUGAAACAUAGCAAUAAUUCACGGCUACUAAUACUUUUGGAACUCUGGUCCCAUUCAAUUUCUAGACGAUUUAACCGAAAGGUGUUUUUCAUUUAAUUUAUGAGGUAUCCUUUAUCAUCCUAAUUCACAUUCUCCUAGUUUUUAAGUAUUUUUAAGUGAUACAUCCCCACCCUUUUAUUGUUAGUGCGCAUAUAAUAUGCGCAAUAUUCGUUUUAU